AGAGAGAGUGGGGAGGUGGUUUGGGAAUUUGGGCAAUGCAACACACUCAGAAACUGACUGAAGUGCUCGCUAUGCUGCAGCCUCCAUUCUGCUGUUUGCUGUCCUCUGUCUUCUUCUUCUUCUUCAUCUGUCCUCUGCCAGCUGAUGGACAGACAGCCGGAGAAGGGGGGUUGGAGAGGUUCCAGGUGGUGUUUACGCCCACCAUCUGCAAGGUGCGCUGCAGGCAGGGCCGGUGUGUCAACCACUGCGAGAGAGGCAACAUGACCACGUUGUACAGCGGCGAGGGAGGAGGAGGGAGGAGAGACAGCUUCCAUGGGCAGGGCUUCAGAGUCUUCCUUUGUCCUCUGCUCUGUAAGAAUGGAGGCUUCUGUCUGCACAAAGAUCGCUGCCUCUGUCCAACCAGCUUCACCGGGAAGUUCUGCCAGAUCCCCGUGGCCCCCACUGCUGCUGCGGACGCCCCUGCUGUAGCGUCUCCCUCGUCCACCAAUGAGAUCAUCAAACCUGUGCUCCUCUCUGACAUGGCAGCCAAUCAGGAGCUGAUGCAGUCUGAGUUCCUCCUGCCAUUGGGACACAGCCAGGAGGCAGCGAGCGCUGAGGCAGCGAGCGCUGGAGCUCCCGUUCCCUCCAUGGUGAAGGUCCAAGUGCGGCACCCCCCUGAGGCCACUGUGAAGAUCCACAAGGUAGUAAAGGUCUCUGGAUUCAGCCCCCCUGUGCAGGUGCUCUCCUCCUCAGGGUCAGCUGGCGCUCCAGGCCAGAGAAGCCAGGGGGUCCAGGCCCAGACGGUGAGGGGGGAUGGCAUGUACAUGCAGCAUUCCGGCUUCAAGUACUGCUUCAGGGAGGUCAAAGAUGGACAGUGCAGCUCUCCUCUGCCUGGACUGAGGAGCCGAGAAAUGUGCUGCAGAGGGAUCGGGAAGGGCUGGGGGAUCACCGACUGCGUCCUCUGUCCUGACAACACAGGUCCGAACAACAGUAGCUGUCCGCCUGGUUUUGAGCGAGCCAACGGAACGCAUUGUGUCGAUGUGAAUGAGUGCCUCCAGCCGGGACUGUGUGAGAACGGGCUCUGUGUGAACACCAGGGGGAGCUAUAGCUGUGUGUGUAGGGUGGGGUUCAUCCUCGACGCCUCACAUGGAAUCUGCAUCUCCCAGAGUGUGAUAUCAGAGGAGAAGGGUCAGUGUUACCGGAUCCUGGAGUCGGGUCGGGGCCCGUCCUCGUGCUCCCUGCCCAUCCUCAGGAACAUCACCAAGCAGAUCUGCUGCUGCAGCCGAGUCGGCAAGGCCUGGGGAACGGACUGCGAGAGGUGUCCUUACUUUGCUUCAGUGGCCUUUAAAGAGAUCUGUCCGGCCGGUCCUGGUUAUCACUACUCACCUUCAGUUCUGCAGUUCAACCAGAAAGUCACCGAGCAGCUGGGAGGCCGAGGAGCUACGCUGGUAGCCGCUAGCAGCCAGCAUACUCAGGGUCCUGGUCCAGAGUUUGAUAGUGGAAUCUCUGGGUCUCAGAACCCAUUGUCCUCUGGAGAGAGAGCUGGUGGAAUGAGUACCUCUCUGAGUUCUGCUUCAGAUAUCGGAUCCAGUGAUGAAUCAGCUGGCACCAGCAGUACCCAGGCAAAACUCAGCCAGCCUCAGCCUCGUCCCCAGCUUCCGGUUCAGUCUCCAGCUCAGCCUCGUCCCCAGCUUCCGGUUCAGCCUCGCCCCCAGUCUCCGGCUCAGCCUCGUCCCCAGCUUCCGGCUCAGCCUCGUCCCCCGCUUCCGGUUCAGCCUCCGGCCCUCGUCCCCAGCUUCCGGCUCAGCCUCGUCCCCAGCCUCCGGCUCAGCCUCACCCAGCUGCUGGCUCUUCCUCCUCCAAGCCUGUGCAGCCUGGCAGCACCGGCACCACAGCCACCCAGGACGAAGCACCGACUCUGGGCAGACCAGGGGUCCAGCAGGGCCGGCCUGAGUCAGCUGCAUCGUUCACAACACAACCAAGACCUCUGCCUCCAUCCACCGGGAGUCAAGAAAAUACCAGAGCUUAUAUUUCAUCGGAGCUGCACAGAUAUCAUGUCCUGUAGUUUGCAGAUCCUCUCGCAGGCUUGUGCCAUGGAGCAGUGGUUCACAACGAGGUCCAGAGGUGCAGUUCAGCCUCCAGCUAGAGGGGCAUCUUUCCCUGCUCAGCCACAGACCCCUCAUCGUGGCGCAGAGCUGCCUCCUCUGCACAGCAGACCAGCUGUCAGCCCAACGACACGGCCCCCCAGAGUCCAGGCAGUGCGAGGUGUGUGUGAGAGCAGACCGGGUGUGUGUGGGCGUGGCCGCUGUGUGGAUCAGCCGGGCGGGAAACACACCUGUGUGUGUGAUCAGGGAUACCAGCCCAACUCUCAGCGCACCUCCUGCCAAGAUGUGAAUGAGUGUGUGCAGUCUCCAGGUGUGUGUUCGGUGGGGGAAUGUGUGAACACCGUGGGAAGCUACACGUGUGCGUGUCCGUCUGGAUACAGGAGCAGUGGCCAGCAGACCCUAUGCCAAGACGUCGAUGAGUGCCAGCUGAACCCCUGCAGUAACAGUCGCUGUGAAAACACUCCAGGUAGCUACAGGUGUGUCUGUCGCCAUGGUUACAGGCUCACCGGCAACACCUGCACAGAUGUGGACGAGUGUAAGGAUCCUCUGCGUUGUCCAGGUCAGGAGUGCAUCAACAGCCAGGGCUCGUACCGCUGCGUGUCCUGUCAGCCUGGAUAUGAACUGCUCAACAGGCUCUGUACAGACAUCGAUGAGUGUCGCCAGGCUCCUUGCUCCAACGGUCGCUGUGAAAACACACCAGGGAGCUACCGCUGUGUCUGUCACCAUGGUUACAAGCUCCAGGACAACACCUGUACAGAUGUUGAUGAGUGUGCAGAGCUGUCUCAGUGUCCUGGUCAGAUGUGUGUCAACUCUGUGGGAUCAUAUCGCUGCGUGUCCUGUCGACCAGGAUACACACUGGCUGGCAGACAGUGUAUUGAUGUGAAUGAGUGUGAGGACAGCCGGACGUGUCCCGGGCAGCGGUGUGUGAACACUGAAGGAUCCUACAGAUGUGUGGCCUGUCAGCAGGGACACCACAGUGUGAACGGAGUGUGUACAGAUAUAGACGAGUGCGCAAGUGUCAGGGCAUGUGACGCACAGCGGGUGUGCGUGAACACCAUCGGCUCGUUCAGGUGCGACUGUCCACCUGGUUAUCGAACCUCCGGCCUGGGCAGGCAGUGCAGAGAUAUUAAUGAGUGUUUGGAGGGGGACUUCUGCUUCUCCAGAGGAGAGUGCGUGAACACGCCAGGCUCCUACACGUGUGUGUGCUCUCGGGGCUUCACGCUGAGUGACAACAGGACAGCGUGCCUCGACGUGGACGAGUGUAUGAAGUCAGGUGUGUGUUUGGAUGGUCGCUGUGUGAACACCGACGGCUCAUUCCAGUGCCAGUGUCAAACCGGCUUCACCACCAACCCUGAGAAGACCGCCUGCCUCGAUGUGGAUGAAUGCAUCUCAUCCGGAGGGUCGGUCUGUGGCUCACGGCGAUGUGAAAACACGAUCGGCUCCUACCGCUGCCUCACUUCCUGUGAGCCGGGCUACCGGGUCGCUCAGACUGGCGAGUGUGUAGACCUCAACGAAUGUGCCAAUAAGUCGGUGUGUGGCAACCACGGCGUCUGUCAGAACCUGAUAGGAACCUACCUGUGUGUGUGUGACCGGGGCUUCACCCCCACCGCCAACCGAAAGGCCUGUGUGGAUGAAGACGAAUGUGUGUCCGUGCCGGGCGUGUGUGGUCCAGCUCGCUGCAAGAAUGUGGAGGGCUCCUUCACGUGUGAGUGUGACGCACCGGGAGAGUUCGACACCAGGACCAGGCAGUGCGUCAGUGCUUCACAACCAGGACAGAUAGUCCCCAACUACCACCUGUCGUCCUCCUCAUCGUCUUCGUCCUCCUCCCCGUCCUUCCACAGCAGUGUGGUAAAUUUGGACCCAAUCCUCCCCCACCUCCCCACGGCUCGUCCCGGCGAGCUGAGGGAGUGCUACUACAACCUGGCAGAGCGGGGAACCUGCAGCGUGCUGGCUACCAACACCAGCCAGCAGGAGUGCUGCUGCACGCUGGGGGAGGGCUGGGGGCUGGGCUGCCAGUACCACACCUGUCCCCCAGUAAACACAGCCCAGUUUCUGUCCCUGUGUCCCAGUGGGGUAGGAUACGUCACUACUGGACCAGGAGCCUUCAGCUAUAGAGAUGUGGAUGAGUGUAAGCGUUUCCAUCCAGUGGUGUGUAAGAACGGAGUGUGUGUCAACAACAUCCCCGGGUACAACUGCUACUGCUCCAGUGGAUAUGUUUACAACAGCACACUGCUGGAGUGUAUCGAUUACGAUGAGUGUGAGGAGGAGAGUUGUGUCGGAGGAGUGUGUGUGAACACGGUGGGCUCCUACUACUGCAGCUGUCAGCCUCCGCUGGUGCUCGACGACACACAGCGGAACUGUGUCAACUCGUCCCACCUCACUGUGGACGAGAACCUGUCCGUGUGCUGGCAGCACGUCUCAGCAGACCUGAUGUGUCAGAGUCCUCUGCUGGGCCCUCAGGUCACCUUCAUGGACUGCUGCUGCCUGUACGGCGAGGGAUGGGGGAUGGAGUGUGCCCUCUGCCCCUCCACUGACUCAGAGGACUACGCUCUUCUGUGCAGUUCGUUUUACCCACCCCGUUUACCGGAUUCGAGCAGACCAGAGACAGGAGUGAGACCGGGAGCUGGACGAGGAGGAGUGAGCGCUCCUCCGGCCUUCCCCCCCUUCAGUCUGGACUCCUUUCCCCCAGCUCUGGUUCCCGGCGGAGACUUCAGUCAUGCCGACUACGACGACUACUCUCCAGCAGGAGGCAGCAGGUCGGGCUCCAGAGAGAGGACGCCGACCUCCUUCGGUCUGCCGGACCGAGCCUAUCGUAGGCCCGAGUACGGCACUGGUUACUACACCGAAGGAGACUACAGUCCCCCUGAUGCCUCCCGACCCAGGCCACCAACUUUACACCUCCCCCCAGACCCCCGCGAAGAGAUUGCGUUCGGGGUCCGGCCGCCUCCUCCAUCCCAACCCGAUGGCCCCCCUAUCAGCCUGGCCCCACUACCUGUAGCUCCCUACGAGGAGCAGGACGAGGAUGAGGAGGAAACUUGGAGGCCCAGGCCGCCGUUCCCUCCUUUCACUGAGAGUGGAGGAGGAGCUCAGAGGAGAGUGUAUGACAGGCGUUAUGAGCCCUACGCCAGCCUGAGCGCAGCAGAGGACUGUGGGAUACUGCAUGGCUGUGAGAACGGCAGGUGUAUUCGCGUCACAGAGGGUUACACCUGUGACUGCUACCAAGGUUAUGAGCUGGACAUGACCUCCAUGACCUGUAUAGAUAUAAACGAGUGUGAUGGCGGCGUCAGCGUGGAGUUCCCAUGUGUGAACGCUCGCUGUGUGAACACCGAGGGCUCGUUUCGCUGCGUCUGUAGGAGAGGAUACGUCAUGUCCCGCAGACUGAACCACUGUGUGGCUGCCUAGACCGGACUGCACCGGACUGGGCUCAAUUAGACUGGUCUACAUGAUCGAAGACUGGACUACACACUAGCAGACUGGGCUGGACUAGAUUAGACUUUUAGGACCAGAUCUGAUAAACCGGACUUGACCAGGCUAAGAUGUUCUGGACUAAACUGGGCCAAGGUUUCACCAGAUCAGUCCAGAUUACAGAACAACCUUUGACCCCUUUUAGCUUGAACACGCCCCCUUUUCAAGUUCAGAAAAUGCAUUCAAAGCCCUCCCUCCUCCUCCACUGCUGGCGCUCCCACCCAGGUUUGGCUACGGUUUCUUUAAUUCUUUGGGUGUAUUCCAGAGGGUUUCAGGCUGUGAGGAAGGAGCAGAGAUGCUGUGAGAGGUGACAGGAUUAUGUGUUAGAUUCCGUGUGACUUACACUCCCCAGUAUCUCCAAUGUCAUGAACGUCCACAGGCUGGUUCACUUAGAGACAAACCUGCAGAACCUGCCUGAGAAUCCUCCUGUUUUAAGUUCCCUUCAGUCUCCCAGUGAUCCACUGACAGAUGCAUAUACAUCCAUGGACACAGCACCAGCAGCUGCUAAUAGCUAAUUCAGCAUUCUUCAUUUUCCAAAAUGUCAACAAAUGCAGGCUAAAAAACAGGCUCAAUUUGUAGCCCACUGCGUAACUCACUGGGUCCAUGGCACCGUCUUGUGAAAGUUUACACCUACAUGUUAAAGACAGCUUUCCUAAAUGAAAAUGUAAAAGUGGGCUGUUGAGCAGGCUCUGUAACUGUGACUUGUUAAAUGGUUUCAGCUGUUCAAAUGCCUCAGUAGAACAUCUGGUGCUUGGCCAGAAUUCAUAGGCUCACAGUAACUCAUGUCUGUACGGCUCACUUUUCAUGCACAAAGCCUGAAACCCUCCUUUUCUCCCAGCCAACAUGGAGAGCAGUGACAGAGUACCAUUGUGUAGUAGCACUACUCUUAAGUUGCGUACUCUGAAUCUGCCAUACUGUCCUCACUGCUGACAGUCGAGUGCUGUAUUUAUGUGUGUGGUGUGAAGGGCUGUAGCGCGGGUGAGCCUGACAUUGUCUCGUAGUUUCGGCGGUGUGGUGGACCAGGAAACGUCAAGAAAACAGAAUGUCAGCAGAUGUGGUGACGACAAAUAACCAGUUAAAACUCAGAGCGACAGAUAGCCCUGUAACUUCAGCACUGUGCGGCUGCUGAUUUGAAUCAUGCCUCAAAUCAGUGCAGGUAAAUAAAGAAAACAGCCAAGAGAAACACAGCUCGACUAGACGAGACUGGGCUGAAUGAGGUAAGGCAGGAGACACACAGGGUUAAACACAGACUAUUUUUCAGCUGGGUUUUUAUCCAGGCCUGGCCCAAAGCCCUGCUCCCUUCAGGGGAACAUAACAUAAACUAAUUAUGCUUCAGUUUAUUAUUUACUGUGCAGUCAGUUUCAAAUUCUGGUCCCAGUUUCCAGUGGUUCCCAGGUUCCAGUUUAGACCUGAAUGGGAGUUCUGUGUUUGUGUUAGAGCUUCUUUGGUUUAGACAUAGAGAAAGGUUGAUAAAAGUCUUUAGGAAACAGCAGAAGAAAAGACUGGUAAUAUCAGUGUCUUCCCAGUCUAAACCAGUCUAGCCCCUUUUAGCCCAGUGGUUGGAACCAGGCUAAUCUAGCUGCAGAUGUUGGGCCAGCUGUUUGGCCCCAUGUUAGUCCCCAGGCUGCAGGUUCAGAGAGUUGAAGCGUCUAGUAGCUUCCUUUAAACGAGACAAGCGACGUAGAAGAAGAAACAGGUGCGUGUGUAUUUUUAAAAAACUAAACCAGGCUUCACUGGGGAGCAGGAGAAGAAUGCUGACCUCAGAUCAGAAACAACAGCUUUACUUUUUAUCCUGAUAGAAAACAGAGGGAAACGUCAUGUGCAAAUGGGUCCAAUCACAGGUGUUCUUCCUGUUCCUCCCACUCUGCUGAUAUCACAUGGCUUCUGUAUCCAAUCAGGUGCAUAGGCCGUUUGUACACACACACACCCGUUUCUAGAGGCUCAAAAUGCUUAUGCACCUGACUGUAACUACAGCCCGUUUUACCAAAGAUGAAUAAAAUAGCGUUUACUUUGACUGAUUACAGGACAAUGGACACGGUGCCAGUACAGUAUGAACAUGUACACACUCUGACAGGUUCACACGUUGGAUAGCAGCUUUAGAAUCAGUACUGAGUGACUAAGUAGUUAACAACCCUCUGAUUUCUCUUCACAUUUCAACCAAAGGAAAAGUCCAAAACAUGUCCUUCCUGCCAGCAUGUGGAGACCCAAACCAACAGGCCUGAUGCAUCUUGCUCCUCUGUUGCAGGUUCAUGUGCACACGCAUAGCGCCACCCUGUGACAGCCACGCCGUUGCACUGGGUGACAUGUUCCUUCAUGAAGACACAGUGUUGUUCCCUCUACCACAGAUACUCACUAGAGGCCAAAUGUGAAUUCAUCCACUGCAGAAACUAGUCCCCCACAGAUCCACUGUUGCCUCCAGCUGCUUUGAUUAAAAAACGGCUGUGAGCAGCUGUCGUAGGAAACUACUGAGCCUUUUUCAAAUCAAACGAUAUGUUUGUGUGCUGUUGUUAAAGACUGAGAUCCUCAGUAAGAACCGACACGCUUGAAGCCACAGAGGUGCACGGACAGACUGUUGGUUUGGGCCUAAACGUGCGACUUGUUAAAAACAGAACUCAGUACUGACAUGUCUGUACUUUGUAUUUGUUGGCUGAUUGAAGCUUUUUUCACCCAGAACAAACGUCCCAGCUUUAACACAGCUUCCACACCAGAAUGUACUGGAAGCUGCGUUCAGUCAUACUGUGUAUAUAAUCCUUCACGUUCUCACUGGAUGGUCCUGCUCGGCCUGUAGGAGUCUUUACUGUGCUUGUAUCCCGUCUGAUGUAGUUAACAUGAUGAACGUUGUAUAACAUGCACUGUACCUGCCAGAGACCAGCUUCUUUUGUUCACACAAAAUUUAUUGUAAAUUGUUCAAACUUCAGUCUCUGGUGCCUUUUAACUGUUCACAUUUAUGGUUAAUGAUUCACCUUUUUAUCAUUGUUGUUUGUAUGACAAGAAAUGAAAAUAUAUUUGCACAUGUUUACUGAACCCUGCCUGCGUCACCUGUGGUGGUUUGUAGGGCAGAGCGGAGAAGCAGUGAGCUGCUGGGUCACAGCCCGACUGCAGCUGGUGAACAUCUGGUGGAGGAAGACGGGAGGCAGGAAGUUACUGUCAGUCCACAUGGAGCAAAGCUGAAACUGAGCCAGGCUGUGCGAGGGCGACAAACUGCAAAACCACCACAAACACACACAAACCGGUCACAGAGAGCAUCAGGUGGUAACUGGUCGUGUACCCCCCAUCUGUUGCUGCUGAAUGAGCUCAGGGUGAUGCUGGCUCCGUGACAUUAAUGCCUACACUGUGUGUGGAUCCAGGCCUGUAAGCCACUUUACACUGCGGGCCAAUCCGUCCACACACAGACACACACCGUCACCCUGAGGCAGCAUUAAUGGGCUUUCAGAGGUUCACCCAGUUCCCAGGCUGAACGUGGGAGACACUGGGACAGAACGGACGCCGCAUUAAAAGCUGAUGUUCAGGCCAGCGUCCUCGUGCACGCUGCCACCACUGCUCUGUCCUCAUCUGCAGGACAGGCCCAGGGUUUUACUCUCUUUUGUUGCCUAACAGAAGCUAAGUGUGCAAACAGCUGUAUGGCCCAGCUGUGCUUCCUGCUGUGUCACUCAACUCUGGAAACCUGCUAGUUUCAUGUAUUUUCACUGCCACUGAGGUUAGUCUUGAAACAAAGUAAACGGAGCAACUUGGAUUAAAUGAUUACAUUGAACUGUGAAGAGAGUUGAUGAAGGUGGAGUGAGACACAACUGAGG